UCAUUUCCGGUCCAUGUUAUUAACACUUUGCACUUCAUCCGGCUGACUUUGUGCUAAUACGCACAAGGCAUUCCCAAGCAAGCGUAGAGUUAGGUUUGCACUCUAGUAGAGUAACGUGCAUGGUUUGCUAAGAGGCUCAGAAAUUAUAAAUGAUCCCUCAGUUCACUGUCUGGAAAAGGGCUAUUGGUUGGUUGCAAGUAAUGUCUGUUAUGAUGAUGUCAGCAGAAAACGCCAGUGAAGAUUAGCUUGGAUUCUACCUUUUCUAGGAGCUGGAGCUGCUACGGUUCCUGUGAUGCUCAUGCAGCACAUCUGAAGAAAUCAUGAAAUGUGUGUCACUUGCAGCCAUUGUUUGGGGUAUCCUGGUACCACCAUCUGAGGCCAGCAAGAGCUUUGGGGACAUCCGUUGCAAGUGCAUCUGUCCCCCAUACAGGAAUAUCAGUGGACAUAUUUACAAGAAGAAUGUGUUGCAGAAGGACUGUAACUGCCUGCAUUUGGUGGAGCCCAUGCCAGUGCCAGGGAACGACGUUGAGGCAUACUGCCUGCUGUGUGAGUGCAAGUAUGAAGAGCGAAGCACCACCACCAUCAAGGUCGUCAUCAUAAUUUACCUCUCCGUGAUUGGAGCCCUUCUACUCUACAUGGUCUUUCUGAUGGUGGUUGACCCCCUGAUCCGCAAGCCUGAUGCCUACACCCAGCCCCUGCACAAUGAAGAAGAGAGCGAGGAUGCUCAUUCAGUGGCAGCUAUACGUCCUUCUGCCAGCACCCGAGCAAACACAGUGUUGGAGAGAGUGGAGGGAGCCCAGCAACGGUGGAAGCGUCAGGUGCAGGAACAGCGGAAGACAGUGUUUGAUCGACACAAGAUGCUGAGCUAGAGCUCAAUGAGGAUUUACAGUCUAGGAGUAAGCAGCAGCUGCUGGUUAGCUGAUUUCUGUUAGCCACUACGAAGUCUGAGAUCUAGCUUAAAACAUGUUGCACUUGCCUUUUCUAGUUUGUUUUUGCUUAUUUUCUCUCUCAGAAAGCAAGCUAAGUUGAAGGAAGCCACUGGCUGCGCAUCCCAAUCUAUGUCUUUCCCAUUGUCUAAAACAGGUGGGAACUUAUGGACCUUGAGAUGUUGUUGGGCUACAACUUCCAUCAUCCUUGACUUUUGGCCGUGCUGCAAGGAGCUGAUGGGAGUUGGAAUCCAAUGACAUCUGAAGGGCCACAGGUCCCUCAUCCUUGGUCUGAAACAGCCUUUCCCAACCCUUGGGUCCCCAACUAUAACUCCCAUCAGCCUCAGCCAGCAUGGCCAGUGGUCCAGAAUUAUGGGAACUGUCGUCCAGCAACAUCUGGGGACUAAAGGUUGGGAAAGCUUGAUCUAAGACUUUUCACUCACCAAGCAGCAUUGCCCUUUGAUUUAAAUGUGACCUUUGGGAAGUCCGAAAACCAACUUUUAGCUGCUUUGUAUCUUUUUAGAAGCUGACAAUAGCUGCAAAUUAUGCUGGGUCUUGUAAUCUGUCUGACGAACAUCUAGAUUAUCUAUGAGAAAUGGGGCACCAUUUUUGUUGUUGCUGAACUUUUGCUGUUUCAAAAAUCAUACCAAGAAGUAUUCUGGUCUUACAUAGAGAAGACUGCUUUGGGAAUCUGGCACUAAUCAUUAAAAAGCAUAAUAAAGGAAAUGAAUUUAGCAAAGGGACCUGUUACAUUUGAAUCAUGAAUCCUCAGAGGUACUUCCUUCAGAGACUUUCAGGCUGGUUAACCUUGCACCAAGCAAAUUAAAAGAAGGGAGUCAAGUCAAUUUGGAAUCAGUGGUAUGCCAUAGGUUUAGCACUACAUGAAAAAGAGUACUUCAAGGUGGGGGCUGAUUGAUGAAUCGGUGCUGUUCAUGCAUGCAAGUUUUUUGCGGCAUCCACACAAUGUCGUCAUUAUCAAAAUGCCAGCCCAUACUUAAUUUGCAUUUAAUCCAGAUUUCUCCUUACUGCAGAAAAUUUGUUAAGUAAAAAUAACCCAUUAUCCAUCUGCAGUCACUGCUGGGUGAGGGGAAGCUUGUUUAGAACAUUUAUUUAUUUAAUUUUUUGCUAUGCAGUUUGCCUUGUGUUUGCUGAAGUUUUGGUGGGUGGCAUCUAUCGCCACACCCUCAAACUUCCAUUUGCUCCUCACCUGAGCACAACCUAGCCAUUUUGUUUAGAGCAGCUCAUAUGACACAAGUCUGCCUAUUUCUACCAAUUGCUGCAUGCUGGAGCCAUAUUCCUGUUUCAGUAACCCAGUUAGGAGGAGCUCUCCUCUUAAGAUCUCCACACUGUGCCCUGGGGCAUUACUCCUGAGACAGCAAUUGCAAUACCUGCAUUGGGCUUAAAUAAAUAAUACAGAAAUCUUGCAUAAGACCUUUAGUCAGAAAAAUACCACUCUUGUGCAAAAGCUCUGUUUUAUUUAUUUAUUUAAAAAUCCCAAAUGAAUAUUGUGCAGACAUACACCCUCGUCCAAGCAGAAGCCUCCAUUUUGCCCACUGUGAACCGUGCUAACUAAGGCUAGUAACAUUUUCUCUUGUGCUGUUCUGCUCUUCAUGAUUUUUUUUUAAUGAUGCAUGUGCACAGGUACAGAAAUAACUUUGUGUGUGCCCAGAACAGAAAAAGACAGCAUAAGGUGGGACAGGAGUGAUAAAGGAAGGGACAAAAAGACCAACCCAACAAUGCUUCAGCAAAUUCCAUCAGCCUCCACCACUGGUGUGGAUGGCAAGCAACAGAAUAGCAAUGGAUAUGCAUGAUGGGGGAAAAAGGCCAGGAAUGUGUGGAAGAUAAUGUGCCAAGCGCACACACAGCAAAAAUUGGAUCUGAACAGCCCAUUAGAGAUAUAAAGCCCCUAUCUGACAGCACCCAAAUGGUCCACCAUUUUUCCUUCCCCUUUCCUCCACCAGCAUGGUCACAAAAAGAAGAAUGGACACAUCCUUUUCUGGAUUUAAACUAAUUGCUGUUUGUGGUUAUGUUAACAACAUUGUUUAGUUUAAAUUAUGUUUUAUUCAAGGUGAGAUCAAACAAUAGUUUCUGAUUGUGGCUUGUUUCAAUAAACCAUUGUUAAAACUAA